GUAAACAGAAGCGAGUAGUUGCACUGCGAGUUCUUCAGUACAAGAAGACAUGUGAGCAAGUGAAUACAACUUGUUUUGUUCGUAUUAGAAACAUUUCACAAAAACUCCAGCGUGUGUGCUGUGAUGGGUUCUGCUCAGUGGCUGAUGAAAUGGAGACUAAAGGAACCGACGAGGUGGACAAACUGAAGUCCAAGUUCAUGUCAGCAUGGCACAAUGUGAAAUACAGUUGGGCUCUUAAAACAAAAACUGCCUUCAGCCGUAAUUCUCCUGUUUUCUUGUUGGGGAAAUGCUAUCAUUUCAAGGCUGUGGAUGACGAAAGCCCUACUGAGAGUAGUACUGCUGAUGCAUUAGAUGAUGCUGAUGAUGUUGUCACAGGUAACGUUGAUGGAUUUCGAAGGGACUUCACCUCACGAGUUUGGUUCACCUAUCGAGAAGAACUUCCUGCCCUUCCAGGCUCCACCCUCACUUCAGACUGUGGGUGGGGUUGUACACUCCGCGCCGGGCAGAUGGUUUUGUCCCAGGCUCUCUUGCUUCACAUUUUGGGUAGAGACUGGACCUGGGCAGAGGCACUGACCCUGGAACCACUGGAUACAGAGACAUGGACCAGCAGUGCAGCACGGAAACUUGUGGCCACAUUAGAGGCCUCCGUUCAGGGAGAAAGAGCACAAGUCACACAGCCUCACUGCUCUUCUCAGGGAAGGGCUGAGGAGGCUGACUCCUACCUGAAAGAGGCUUAUCACCGCACCAUUGUGUCUUGGUUUGGAGAUGGACCUUUAGCCCAGCUAGGCAUCCACAGACUAGUGCAGCUAGGGUUGACAUCAGGAAAACAGGCAGGAGAUUGGUACGGCCCAGCAGUGGUGGCACACAUACUCAGAAAAGCUGUUGAUGGGGCCACAGACCCGAUGAUAAAAGGCUUAAGUGUUUAUGUAGCACAGGACUGCACAGUGUACAGUGCUGAUGUUAUUGAUAGCCAUUUGGGGCAGACGGGCAGCCACAGUAAUCCUCAAGGACUCGAUACUGGAUCUGCUCCUGGUAGUAGGGCUGUCAUCAUCCUCAUUCCUGUGAGACUAGGUGGAGAGAAGAUCAACACAGAAUACUUCAGCUUUGUCAAGAGCAUAUUGAGCUUAGAGUACUGUAUCGGCAUCAUUGGCGGAAAGCCUAAACAGGCCUACUAUUUUGUUGGAUUUCAAGAUGACAGCUUGAUUUACCUGGACCCUCAUUACUGUCAGUCUUUUGUGGAUGUCAGCACAGGCAAUUUCCCUCUGCAGUCUUAUCAUUGCCCAUCACCAAAGAAAAUGUCUUUCAAUAAAAUGGACCCAAGCUGUACAAUUGGAUUCUACUCCAAAAACGUUGAACACUAUGAAAGAAUUAGCAGCGAACUGUCAAAGAUAUUGCAGCCUUCAUCUAAAGAGAAAUACCCUGCAUUCACCUUUAUGAAAGGACAUGGAAAGGAUUAUGAGCUUUCGGUUUCUGUUGAAAAGAGAGAAUGGCCUUUCAUCAGGGACACAACAAAAGCUGGGGCAAUAUCAGGAGACUUUGUUCUGCUCUGAGAGAUACCUUUGAGCCAUCAACUCACAGCUCAAGUAAUACUCUACAAAUCAGGACUACUAUUGUACAUCUGGACCAGUCUUUCUUUAACACUGUGGAUCUAAAAUGUAGGACCCUAUGCCACAUUGAUUAUUCAUGUCAAAAGGCCAAGUUAAAAGACUGAAUGCAUGCUUCACAAAGUUGAACACUUAAGUGAACCUAUGUACUGUACCAAUACCGAUGUCAAUACAUUGUCCUUAUCUAGUUCUUGGCAAUAUGUGCUUGUAAGGAAAGCAUGAUGUAUAGAAUUUUUUUAUAUAGUCUAGGCUCUGGAGUGCUCCAUAACCCAUCACAGAUUAUGGCCUCUGUCACACACUAUAUUGAAGUUCGGGUCCCUUUACUAUCUAAACCUGCAAAUAUUGCAGUGCUUUUUGUAUAAAUGCAAAACAUAAAUUUCGUAAUUAAACUAGAAUCACAUUUUUCCCUCUAGGUUAAUAUAGCUAUUAAAAACAAACAAAAAAUUAAAACAAAUCAAAUAGUAGAUGUAGUUUCUUAUUUGAAAGGUGCACAUCAUUAUGAGAUGAUGGUUGAUUUGUGUCAUUGACUUGUGUUUUAUGUUGAAUGGAAGGAUAAUGUGCCUUCACUGUGGAGUAGGAAACACUGUAUCACAUAAGCCUGCAUGCACAGCGAAAAUAAACAUGUCAUAGUGCUUGUUUGGCAGUAGUAGCUAGAUUAAAAAGGUGGGGGGGGCCUUCAUACAAUAUUAAUUGGUUUUAUAAUUUAUUAACAGACGAAUGGUUUAAUGCUAAUGUGUGAAAUGAAGAAUUUCAGAGCUGCUAUGUUCUCAUAGUAUUCACGUGUCUCUAUUAUUUUCAUAAGUUAUGAUGCAGGACAUUAAUUAGUAUGAAUCAAAGGCAUAAUUAUUUAUAUAACUUGACUGUUUCAUUUUUCCCCCCUUGAAGUUAGUGAUAAUUUCAGCAAAAUUGUCAACAUAAAAGAAGAUAUUUUACUUCCAUAUCCAGUUGUUGUGAAUAACUUGGAAACACCUUGAAACCAAAGCACUUGACAUGGAACAGAAAUGCAACACUAGCUCUAGCACACAGUGUUAAUACAUUGUAUUUAACCACCCUAAUGUUGUUUUCUGUUAUUUAUGCAGACCUACUAAUUCUACCAUUUCAAUGUUUCAGAUUAGAUUUGAUAACCUUUAAUACCACAGUGAUUUUAAUAUCAGUUGAUAAAUCCAUUUUGCACAAUGAGCAUUUCAGUUGUAUAAUUUGUUGAUCUCAAUGUACAAUAAAUCUUAAAUGGUUGAACAGUAAAAAAAAAAAAUAGAGUAUAAUAAUUUUAUUGUAAUUACAACAUGAAAGUGUUUUUUGUUUUAGUUUUUUACAUUCUUUAUUAAACA